AAAGGCGCAGGCUAACGCGAAACAAACAAAACGGGAGGGGAUUUCCAGUCAGAUCACAAUUUCCUUUACUUGUUUUGCUUUCGAUCUGGACUCUGAACACAACCAAAUUAAGUUUUAGUUUUGUUACUGGACGCCAAAAACUUUUUUUUUUUUUUUUUUUUUUUUUUUUUUUUUUUAACGAGAAACGUUCAACAGUUGCAUAGAACCAAAUAGCCUUGGAUAAAGAGAAGUGACAUUAUUAUCAGAAUCCAUGCACACAGCAUUUCCACAUUUAUAUGGCAGACAUUGAAAAAGGCAUCAGAAAGAAGCUACUUGGUGUCACCAUGCCAGUCGAAAGAAUGCGUAUGCGACCGUGGCUGGAAGAACAAAUCAAUGCAAGUAAAAUACCAGGGCUUAAGUGGGUAAAUAGGGAGAAAAAGAUUUUCCAGAUUCCUUGGAUGCAUGCCGCUCGACAUGGUUGGGAUGUGGAAAAAGAUGCUCCCUUAUUUAGAAACUGGGCAAUUCAUACAGGAAAAUACCAACCAGGCGUCGACAAGCCGGAUCCAAAGACAUGGAAAGCCAAUUUCCGCUGUGCGAUGAACUCCUUGCCUGACAUAGAGGAGGUGAAAGAUAAAAGCAUUAAAAAGGGGAGCCAUGCCUUCAGAGUCUACAGAAUGCUAACACUGACAGAAAGACCUACAAAAAAAGGAAAGAAAAAAGUGGACAAGGACAAGAUUAAAUUAAUUAAGCUGGAGAGGCCCAGUUCCCCAGGCAAUGGGACCAAUAAAGCUGAAGCUCAAUUCAAUGUCAUAAUUAAAGAGGAAGUAAUGGUGGACAGUACUGUCGACAGUCUCUUAGAACACGGGAGUUCAUCACUAUAUGAAGAACCGAUGAUCAUCAGCAACCCCCCGGAUGUGUGUCAGGUGAUCGAGGUGACGACGGAAAGCGAAGACCAGUUAGUCAGCUCAAGCCAUGGCUACCCACUCCAGAUAUCACCUGUGUCUUCAUAUGGAGCUGAAAGCGAAACAGACAGUGUGCAGAGCGAUGACGACACAAAGGGGGUUUCGCUGUGGCAGGCGAGAAGCGGGGAUGGGAAGCUGUUCUGCAACAGCACAGGGAACAACACGUGUCAGCUGCCAAGCAUGGCCACCUUUGUAACGUCGGGCAAAACUAACUUCAGAGUCACCAGCAACAGAGAGGAGUCCCCCCUGAUUGCCUACAAAAGCACCCCUCCAUGGGCAAACCUUCCAGCUUCCUUCCCCCCACCUCCCGCACACAACUCCACGGUCACAAGGGCGGGCCACGAGACACGUGCCAGCGUAAUCAUGAAGACAUCGGACGUCUCUAAGCCCGGAGUGAAAACCUGCUAAGUCCGUCGUUUUUUUUUAGUUGAGACACAACUCCUGACUACACUUACCCAGACAGUGCCACCACAGGGCAGUGAAUAACAAGAAACUCUUAUCAGGCAUUUGCUAAAAGACUACCAUCUCUAAGCUCAGGACAGCUCACUAUGUCAUGGGAAUGCCACUAGAUACUUUUCCCUUAACAUGAUACUUGUUACAAUCAGGCGGGAAGAAGGAAAAGUUCUGAUAGCAAGAGGACCAAAAAGAAGCAGUAUGUUAGAGGAGUCACAUAAUAUGCAUUGUUAUUGGGGAUGGUAUUGCAACUCGGAAUCGCUGGCAUAUUAAAAAAAAGUUGUUUUUAUUGUGAAUAUGUACAUAGUGCAAUAUAAGCUUAAUUGAAACUUGCUUCUGCACCUUAUUGAAAGCACUGUAUCAUAGAGCACUUCUAGAUGUGUCAUCCAAUGACACUCAACACGCCUUUCAGGUUUUUAGAGUUGAUCGUUGCUCUGGAGAAGAAGAUUGCCCUAUAAUCAGUUGAUAACUGCUUUGGCUAGCCUUUAUUUUUCGCUCAUGUAAAAAGAGGUGCAAUAGGAUCACGAUGAAGUGAUUUAAUGCAGCACAGAAAUGUUUUAAUCUUUUCCUAAGGAUUCCC